AUGAUUCAUGACGAAAAGAUGCUUCUGAAGUCUCUGGAACACAAAAAUAUAGAGGAAAAAGAGAUCUUCCCCUCAAUAUGCUCUGUUCUUGGCCUUCAGUACUUCUCGGAGGAGAACGGAGCCCUGGCACAUACGCUUGCAAGUCCUUCAUUCAUCAUAGACAUAUCUGGAUUGAGUGCAAAGCUGACUUUUGUUGACGAAAGCUUUUCAAGGUAUUUUAAAUAUGUCGAGUUCUACUUGUGCCAACAUCUUGAGAAGAGGAACAUGCGGGACUUCUACUUCUACCUUAGGAUGUUUGUGCGGAUGGAGACGGGAAACGAGGGGCUUGAGGAAAAGGACUCGGGAGACAUUUGCCAAUGUGUCUUUAAUGGAGGCUACUGCAUAAAUCCGUCUUUCAGGGAUGUGGCUAAAAGUAGUACCGAUGGGAUUUACGACAUAUACAGGCACAGAUUUGAAUAUCACAUGUACACGAAAAGAUUUAUCUUCCCCAUUCCUGUGAAUGAUCCUGUAGAAGAUGAGGACUCUGGCUUCUUGGUGGCCGAGGGUGUGAAUGGAAAGCAAAUGAAUGCAAAGGUAAGCCUGAACCUGUCCAGAUACUUUGGGCCCAAAGCCUUUGACCGUGAGGUGCUCAGGAUACUUCCCCAUAUAGGCUUUUAUUGGAAAGGAAUGGUGGAUCAUGAGGAAGUGGUUGUUCGGAAGGACCUUGGUGUAUAUGUCAACGGAGAGCUACGUAGAGAUGCAGCCUUUCUCAUGAAGCUUGGGAAGAACUUGCAUCUUUCUCUUAACUUCCUCAGGGACUAG